AAGUUAAUGAGCGUAGAUUUUCUAUCUCUAUGACGCACCAGAAUCACUUGAUCACAAUCCCCACCACUGGAAAGCAUUUGGCUGGUUUGGAUUUCAUGUCAAACUUUUUUUUUUCUCUUUCAAAUUCACAAAAUUAAUAUUAUGAAAUUGAAAUUACAAACAUUGAAUUUAGGGUAGAAAAGAACCCAACAAAGGAAACAAACAAAGAGAGAGACAGAGAGACAGAGGGAGAGAGAGAAAGAGGAGAAUGGAGGAGGAAGGCAUAGGGUUAGUGUUGGCCAGAGCCACAGAACUUCGAUUGAAAAUCAGUAAUUGCAUCCACAGAACCGACACCGCCAAUGGUCCCACGCCGCACGCCGACGACGACGAUGAAGAAGCCACCGAACGGCUUCUCAACAUUUGCGAUGCCCUUGAAGCCUUGGAGACCCAACUUUCUUCUUUGCAGGUUCUGCAGCAACAACAGCGAUAUGAAAGAGAAGUUGCCUUGGCUGAGAUUGAAAACAGUCGCAAAAUGUUAAUUGACAAGCUCUCUGAGUACAAAGGUAAGGAAUUGGAAGUGAUACAUGAAGCUUCCACUUUUGCUAGUGAAACAGUGGAGCACAGCAAUGAUCUACUACUUCCUCCAUAUCCUAGCCGCCCUCCAUACUCUGUGUCUAUGGACAAGGAAUAUCUCUCGCAGAUUCCUUCCGUGAACAAGUCUGGUCGCAAUGGGUUAAUGACGCUUGAUCCAAUGAUUGAGGCCAACAAGAAUCUCCGUGAAAAAGAUCAAAAUCUCGUUGAAAAUGGGGCUAAAAAUUCGAGAAAAGGAUUGGGAUUUUUUAUAACUUCUGCAGCCAAAACAAUGCUCACAGUAGUUGGCGUGGUAUCAAUAUUAAGUUUGUCUGGUUUCGGGCCUAAGUUAGGCACUCGUUUCAGCGUGCAAGGCUGGCGUCACAGAGUAGAAAAUGUGGAGAGAUCUACGACUAAAAAUGGGAGUGAGAGACCAAGAAUUCAGUGUCCACCUGGGAAAAUAAUGGUGUGGGAAAAUGGGGAAGCUCGAUGCCUAGUGAAAGAGAGGGUUGAAAUUCCAUUUUCAGCUGUUGCUGCAACUCCUGAUAUAAACUAUGGAUGUGGUUGACAAUGGCUUUUGUACUCUGCAUUGUAUAUCAGUUCACUCUCUUCUCCCUUUCUUUUGUUCCUUCCUUCUA